AUGACGUCCGCCGUAGCACCCGCGACUGCACCCGCGCCCACGAGCAAAUGGACAGUUGAACUCACCCUGUCCGACGUCUACGGCUCGACCCUAUACGACUUCUUUGAGAAGAACAGCCAGGAUGGCGUGGCCUCCCUGCUGGACCAAAUCGAGAUCGAGAAACUGACCUUCACCUACACGUAUGAAGGCCCCAACACGUCCAAGUUCGAGACCGAAGGUACUAUCAAAUUGGGAAAGCUGCCGCUCGAGCUCAACUUUACACACAACCCCGAUGACUGGACGUUCGAGGCCAACCUCGCCUUUGGUGAGAGUGCAGUGCCCUCAACCACCAUCGGCGAGAUCGCGGGUCAUAUUUUCGGUUCAGAGGUGCAGGAUGAGCUGCCUUUCUUCGUGACCGAUAUCUCCAUCCAGCCGCCACGGAAGAAGGAUGCAGCGGGAAUCAGGAUGAAGGCACUCGGGGAGAAAAAGAAAUCGGACCCGAAGACGCCGACAGAUCAGCCUGCGGUGUCAGCAUCGAAACCCAAGACCAAAAAGGACAUCUUCUUCACCGCAUGGGUCAGCUUUGGCGGCUUCUCCUUCCAGGCGUUUCAAUACAAAGCGGCCCCGACAGAGGCCACGCCGAAACCAGUCGCCCAGCGCGCGUUUCGUAUUGCUGUGGCCGCAAUUCCCAAAGUCACCAUCGACCUAAUUGGCGAGCUGCCCCAGCCGUUUGACGAGAUGGUCUUUCUCUACGUCCAGAGGCAGAAGGGGGAGAACGCUCCACUGGGGUUGACGUACCAGGAUGUCGAGAAGAUAAACGAUGGAUUGCCCGAUGAUCAGAAGCUGAUGUACAAAGUCACCAAGAAGCAAUCUGCUCAAUCUGCCCCUUCUCAACUUGACACUGGGGUCAAACCGAACGAGGGAGAUGCGUCAGGCCGAGCGUACCAACCAACGGAUGUGGUAAUCCCAGCCGGGCUGCAUUUUAUGCUACUGCGAAAUGAUCCACAGAAGGGAAAAUCUGUGGCACUCGACUAUCUGUUUGGCGGGGGGAAGAAGACAAAUCCCAAGUCCAGUACAUUCGAGACAGAGUCCGAAGACACAAAGCCGGAACCAGAAACAAAAACGGAUCAAGCUGCGGCCAAAGCCCCGUACGAGAAAAAGGUUGGGCCGCUCACAGUGAACAAUUUGGGUCUUCAAUACAGCCUGGGUAAGAAACCGUCGCUGUCGCUUCUGCUCGAUGCGUCGAUUGUGCUGGGGCCAAUUGGGGUGGGUUUGCUCGGGUUCAAGAUCACCCUGGUCUUUCAAAAAGACGACAGCGAUCCCUCCAAAACCAGCACCAUCUUCCACAACUUGCCCAAGCCCGAGUUUACAAUUGAGGGCCUGGCAGCCUCCUUUGAUCGACCUCCUGUCAUCCUGGCGGGCAUGUUCAAGCAUGUUACCACCAGCGUACAGGACACCUACCAAGGAGCUGCCACAAUCAGUUUUGCCCCGUAUCUCUUCCAAGCCGCAGGAUUCUACGGGAAGAUCAACAUAAAGACCCAGAAGGAGCCUUUCACAUCGGCAUUUGUAUAUUUCAUGUUGAAUGGUCCCUUGGCCACUUUCGAAUUCGCAGAGAUCCGGGGCGUGGUUGGCGGGUUCGGCUACAACAACAGCCUGCAAUUCCCUACCGCUACUAACGUGUUACAAUUCCCGUUGAUCUCGCCUCCCGGUGACCAGAAGCCAGAGGAUGCAUUGAAGUCACUGAUGGAGGGCACCUGGUUCUUCCCCAAGAACCACUCCUUCUGGCUUGCUGCUGGACUGACGGUCCUGGCGUUUGAGCUGCUUGACGUGCAAGCCGUGGUGGUGGUGGAGUGGGAUCCCAAAGUCAAGAUCGGCCUCUUUGGCGUCGCCACGGCAGACAUGCCGCCCAAGGUGGAUAAGAAAUUCGCCCAUGUGCAGCUUGGACUGACGGCUGUGAUCGACAUUGAUGCCGGCACAUUCAAGGUCGACGGACAACUGACACCGGCCUCCUACGUGCUCGAUCCUAGUUGCCAUCUGACGGGCGGAUUUGCCUUCUACACCUGGUUUGCCAAUGACGGAAGCACCUCAGCCGGCGAUUUUGUUUUCACCAUUGGCGGAUACCACCGCUCGUAUAAGAAGCCCGAACAAUAUCCCAACCCGCCCCGGUUGGCGAUUAGUUGGAGCUACGAUAGCUCAAUCAGUAUCCGCGGCGAGGCCUACUUCGCCAUUACCCCCAAGGUCUGUAUGGGCGGCGGGCGGCUCGACGCAUCACUCACUCUGGGUGCCCUCUACGCCUUCUUCGACGCCUAUGCCGACUUCUUGAUCAAGUACAAACCGUUCUUCUUCAUGGCCGAUGGUGGGGUAAGUGUCGGCGUCCGCUAUACCCUCGACUUGUGGAUCUGCACCGUCCAUAUCAGUAUCGAGCUCUCCGCCACGCUCUACAUCCAGGGGCCGCCUAUUGCGGGCCGCGUCCAUGUGAACUUCUGGGUGUUUGGCUUCGACGUCAACUUCGGUUCUCAGGUCACUCACAAGAACGACCCACUCACCCUGGAGGCGUUCUUCCAGCAGGUUCUGCAGGCGGACCUUCCCAAAGGUAACGCCGAGCCGCCCCCGCCGUUCAUCUUCUCUUGCAACCGUGGUCUCAUCCCGGUCAGCGAGACGGAGGCAAGCACUGAACCCAACAAGACUGAAUGGAAUGUCCGGGGCGCUGUCUUCCAGUUCACGGUCGCGUGCAAAUUUGCCGUGCGACAGGCGACGGUCGUGACUGGCCAACUUGACCCGGGGGAAGGGGGGCCAGAGUACCAGUUUCCCGAUAAUUCAGCAGAUCUUCGACCUAUUCACGCCAAACCGAUGCACCUCAAGGGCGAGGAUACGUUGACCAGUGAUUUAACCGUCACUAUCCGGCCGACGGGGAACCCCAAGGUCCUUACCGCGUCCGAGGACGAUGUGGGCGUACCGAAAUGGGAGAAAGCCGAGUUAAUCUAUAAAUCACUCCCAGUGGCAUUGUGGGGAGAAUACGACGAAAGGGCGGAUCCCAACAGUUCCAGCACCCGCGACGACCCGAACCAGAUCGGCUCCCUGCUUGACAACAAAGACCAUUCCGUCAAACAUAUUACGGGGAUCUGUAUCUCGUCUCCACUGCCGGCACUGAGUAUAAACGACAAGAUCAAGCCCUUCCAGUAUAAGAAGUUUUUCAUCAACACCGCCGGCAACAAGUCCUAUGAAUUUCCCCGGGUUCCCACGGUCGAGAAGCUGUGGGAUCCACAGGACGAGAACACGACACCGGAAGCCUGGGAAAAUGUGAGGAAUCAAUGGAAUGGCGAGCCCAAGUAUGGAGCGGGCGCAGGGGAAAACUUUGUGGACACAUGGAAGAAGCUGAGCUUUGCGAAAUGGGACACGAAACCACCGGCGAAUCCAGCGCCAGAUGCACCAAAGGUUGCGCCGAUGACUGGCAAGCCACCCACAUAUCUGCUGAACGACAAGGUCAAGUUCGCCAAGCUGUUCCUGGAAGUGCCGCGCAUGGGCAUGGCGACAGCUUAG